ACCCAACAACCCCAUCACCACCAAACAAUCUACAUCCAUCAUCAACACAUCUCGAAUCCCAUCGACACACCCCCGCGAACUUGCUUUUGAACCCCCGAGCUUCCCUUCAGUUCCGAUCCACAGCAACACCCCACCCACGAACCUUACCCCCACUACACUGCCGUCAUGGCGAAGGAAGCGGAGAAACCCACCGACAAGGGCAAGGGAAAGGUUGUCGACGCUCCCGGGAAGGAUAAGGCCGCAACGGGAAAAGAUGGUGAUAAGAAGGACAAGAAAGAUGAGGUCACAGAAGAGCUGUCCGAGGAGGACCAGCAGCUCAAGUCCGACCUUGAGAUGCUUGUACAGAGGUUAGAGGAGGGCAACAAAGAGCUGUACAAACCUUCGCUCGAGCAGAUCAGAGACUUCAUCAGGACGUCGACGUCCUCUAUGACAGCCGUUCCAAAACCACUCAAAUUCCUCCGUCCCCACUACGACACCCUUACAGCUCUCCAUGACAAGUGGGAGGAGGGUGAAGACAAGGUUGCAUUCGCCGACGUCUUGUCGGUACUGGGCAUGACAUAUUCGGACGAAACCCGACUGGACUCCCUAAAAUACCGACUCCUUGCGCCAACGAAGGAUCCCGGCGCCUGGGGCCACGAGUACGUAAGGCACUUGGCCCUCGAGAUCGGUACCGAGUAUGCGAGGAGGGCUUCCAGCGACCAGUCUGCGAAGGACUUGGUCGACCUAGCUUUGUCGCUGGUUCCGUUCUUCCUGAAGCACAAUGCCGAGGCAGACGCUGCCGAUCUCCUCUUCGAGGUCGAGAGCAUUCCCAAGAUUGCCGAUUUCGUGGACGAGAACACCUAUGCCCGUGUGUGUUUGUACAUGGUUAGCAUGGUGCCGCUACUCGCAAUUCCGGACGAUACCACAACCUUGGUUACGGCGCACACGAUUUACCGCAAAUACGGCCAGCUGGCGCAGGCUAUGACCAUGGCAAUCCGCCUCAACGAUGUGGACAUGAUUCAGCAGGAUUUCAAUGCGACGGAGGACUCGGCGCUCAAGAAACAGCUUGCUUUCUUAAUCGCACGACAAGGGAUUGCCAUCGAAACUGAUGAUGAGGAGAUUGCCGAGUGUCUGAACAACGCUCGUCUCUCGGAACACUUCCUUGCUUUGGGCAAAGAGCUCAACAUCCUCGACCCCAAGACACCCGAAGAAAUCUACAAGUCACACUUGGAAAAUACUCGGGGGCCUGGAGCUUCGGUGGAUAGUGCAAAGCAGAAUCUUGCCAACAGUUUCGUGAAUGGCUUUAUCAACGCCGGUUUCACCACUGACAAGCUCAUGCUCACGGACGAAGACAGUAACAGCUGGGUGUACAAGAACAAGGAUGCCGGUAUGUUGAGUGCGACGGCUAGCAUUGGAAUGAUUCACCAGUGGAACGUGGAAGUCGGUCUUGGUGUUAUCGACCGAUUCGCCGAAGCUCCGGAGGAUUACAUUAAGGCUGGAGCCGCCUUGGCUGUCGGAAUUGUCAAUUCGGGUGUGCGGUCAGAUUCGGAUCCCGCUAUGGCACUGCUGUGCGAUCCGCAGUACAUCCACAGUGAAGUUCCUGCAAUCAAGAAGAUGGCGGUCAUGGGACUUGGCUUGGCGUACGCUGGAUCGCAGAAGGACGACCUGCGGGAAUGGCUCCAACCGAUCUUAGCUGACCCCUCUUCGACCCUCGAGAGCUCGGCUAUGGCAGCAUUGUCGCUUGGUUUGAUAUUUGUUGGUUCGGGUGACGGUGACAUCGCUGGAUUCAUUUUACAGGCCAUAACGGAGCUCGAUGAGACGCAGCUCAAGGACAAAUGGAGCCAAUUCUACUCCCUUGGGUUGGCACUGCUGUAUGUUGGCAGGCAGGAGGACGCGGACGCCACCCUGGAGGUUUUGAAGGCGGCACCACAGCCAAUUGGCAAGGCCACCGGCGUGCUGGUCGAUGCUUGCGCAUACGCCGGCACCGGAAAUGUCGUGAGGUAUCAGAGCUUGUUAGUGCUCUGCAACGCGCAUAUUGAUGCCGAUGAAGACAACAAGGGUGAGGAUCUGUACCAGGCUUACGCUGUCCUCGGAAUGGCUCUCAUUACCAUGGGUGAGGAUAUCGGUGCUGAGAUGGCUCUGAGGGCAUUUGGACAUCUGAUGCACUACGGUGAUCCCGUGAUCAGAAAGAUGGUUCCUUUGGCCAUGGCUUUCCUCAACGCAUCAAACCCCCAGAUGAAGGUGUACGACACUCUUUCCCGGUACUCCCACGAUAACGAUAUCGAUGUCGCAAUCAACGCCAUCUUUGCUAUGGGUCUCGUCGGUGCCGGUUCCAACAAUGCUAGAUUAGCACAGUUGCUGCGACAGCUGGCGAGCUAUUACCACCGCGACCCCAAUGCCCUCUUCAUGGUGCGGAUUGCCCAGGGUCUGCUCCACAUGGGCAAGGGAACUCUUAACAUCAAUCCCUUCCACACCGAGCGAAGUGUUUUGAGUAGAGUAUCUGUCGCAUCUCUGUUGACGGUGCUCGUGAGCUUAACGGAUGCCCAAAGCUUCAUCUUGGACCAGCAUCAUUACCUUCUCUACUUUAUUGUGCCGGCGAUGCAUCCCCGCUUCCUGAUCACCUUGGACGAGGACAUGAAGCCACUGCCUGUUAGCGUGCGAGUUGGACAAGCGGUCGAUGUCGUUGGGCAAGCUGGUCGACCAAAGACGAUCACCGGAUGGCAGACACACAACACGCCGGUGUUAUUGUCGUAUGGUGAGAGAGCUGAGCUGGAGGACGAGGAGUAUAUCGCGCAGAGCCACACCCUGGAGGGGCUGGUUGUACUAAAGAAAAAUCCGAAGUGGCAGGGCGCGGAAAAUUAGGACAAUUGGACUUAGUAUGGCAUUUGUGUUCACGAAUAGAUGUGGUUUUUCUCUUCGCGUUUUUCUCUAGUUGUGAGGGUGAUCGUUCUCACUUUGAUGCUGUAAAGUAUUGUCCUUAUGAGGUAUAAACUUUCCCUGGAACGGACACUCUGAC